CUGGCUUUCUGGCUUUGACAGACAACGGAUUUUAUUUUGUAAAUGAAGCGUAAUUUUUAAAAAUAUAUUCUCAUAUUAAUUGUAAGCAUACGUGAUUAUUGUAAUAUUUUAUAUGAUAGGUAUAUGGCAUUAAACUCUGUAUUGUAUGCGACUUAGAUAACUUAUUAAAUAUUGUUCAUGAAUAAGGUUAGAACGACAUUGAAAUAAUUUGGUAAACAUGGAGCAGGAUAUAUCUUCGAAUACUAAUAUUAAAUCGGAAGAAACAACAAGUAAAGAAGAUGACAAGAAACCCUCAAUCACGUGUUCAAAUGUUCCUGAAGGCUUAUUUGAUACAUCUGCAGCGAAAAAACACUUUAGUAAGUUCGGCCGAGUGCAUAGGAUAAGACUCCUUCCUAAAAAACAAAUGUGUGUGGUAGAAUAUGAACAGCCAAGCUCAAUUCAGAGAGCUGUAUUAAAUGCAGGUGCCUAUGAUGGCUUCAUGUUUGACGUCACACGGACUAAAGCACGAACUAGAAGAAGAAGUAAGAAGGAUGAUGAUCCAGAUUGGGUACCAGAUUCAGAUGUGGAAGAGGAGUUAUCUGCUAUGGGUGGAAUAUCCACAUAUAGAGUACCAAGACAAAAAGCCAUGGAAAUUGAUUCACCUAGCAAAGUAACCCGAGUCAAAAAGCAACCCAUUUUAAGGAAAAAAGUUGAGAAACCAGUAAGGUCUAUAGCAGUACAGCCUCCCCCAGUGAGUGGUAGAGAAUCACCAGUGAUUGUAACUGCACAAACCACAUUGAAUACAACAGAAGCAGCGUUAGAGCUUCACCAACUGCGCUCUAAGGUGUCUCUAACGCCUGACGAGAAAUGGAGGAUAUUGGACGCCCGGGACAGAAUACUAAGAUCAUGGGGAGGCGCUGGUUCAAGGGUGAAAGCUGGUGGCGCAACAAUAGGGACAUGUCCUGAUAUGUGUCCAGAGAAGGAAUUGUUACACAGACAAGCUGAACACCAGGUGAUGACGCUAGAAACAAUAGCUGAUUCUGAUGGGCUGUUAGAGCCAUGGCGGGCAGUGAAACAAUACAGUAGGAGUUCAGCCGACCAGGAGAUACCAAUGUGCUACGAACUGCGGCCGGCGGCGGUGCUAAUGCAGACUUGCGCCUAUUUGUUACAUGAAAUCGCUGAUACUACACGACAGGUGGGCCUUGCCGACUGGUUCCACUUCAUGUGGGAUAGACUGAGAGGCAUUCGCAAAGAUAUAACACAGCAGGCUCUGUGUUGUGCAGAUACAAUUCAUCUAGUUGAGAUGUGUGCAAGAUUUCACGCUCACUGUGCGGCGCGUUUGGCGGAUCUUGAGCACACACAAUUCGACCAAAAGUUGAACACAGACAAUCUUACCAAAUGCCUGCAAACCCUUAAGCACAUGUAUUCUGAUGUGAGACCAGAGCAGAAGCCGAGAGAGGCAGAGUUUAGAGGAUAUAUAGCACUACUGAAUCUUGGUGAUGCUAAUUUUUGGUGGGAGAUUAAGCAACUACCCAAUGAGAUACAAAAAUCAGAACCUAUCAUUUUUGCUGUGAAAGUGUUCACGGCGCUAGACAACAAUAAUUACGUACGAUUUUUCCGCCUAGUCCGUGAUGAAGCGACUUACCUUCAAGCGUGUGUACUCUUACGCUAUUUCAACGAUGUACGAGCCAGAGCUCUAGCGAGAAUUGUCAAGGCAUAUGCCCCAAGAGGAGGUUCAAAAUUCCCCGCCGAUGAUCUAAUGAAUUCCCUUGCUUUUGAAUCAAUUGACAGUAUGAAGUCUUUCGUUAAUCAUUAUGGCUUACGUUUCUCUAAAAAUGACUUUGAACUCACAGUUAUUUUAGACCGCAAUCAAUUCAUUGAAGAUAGUGAUCCUUACCCUAUAGCAAGAGCGCGCAAUCUUAUUGAAUCUAAGCGACAAAAUUCCGUAGCAGAAAUUAUAUCUGGAGGUAAUCUACCGAAAUACGAUUAUAAAAAUCACACCUUACAUACAAGUUUUAAUCCAGAUGGCAGAUUAAAAGAAUCCUCAUUGAUAGCUGCGGAUCUUGGUUACAAUACUAUAAACGAUAGUAAUAAAGAUAUAACAUCUUUAAAAAUGGAAUUACAAAGGAUUAAUAACAACAAAGGUGGAAAGAAUGUGUUUAUAACGGAUAAGGUAUUAGAAAGUAAAAAAAUUAUUACUGCCAAAUCAGUCUCACCAAAGCCACCAUCUGUUUUCGUUCCAACAAAUAAAACUAAUGGUGAAAACACUUAUUCUUUUCAACCAGCUAUUCCUAUCGAAUUGCCAGAAAUAAUCAAGGCAUCGCCGGAAAAACUAAUUGACGAUAAUGUUAAGAGCGCAUUUAAGUUUUCUGAGCCGAAGAAUACCGAAACAUCUGGUAAAUCAAAUUUAUUUAUGUCUUCCAUUAAUAAAAAUGUUUUUAAUACCAGUUUUGUGCUUAACAAUAACAAAGCUUCUGAAAUUAAAGACAAAGCAACUCCACAAAAUAUCUUCAAAGCAAAUCAAAAUGACACUGUAUUCAAAAAACCAUUAGCAGCUUCAGUGUUUUCUCAACCUGCAUUGCACCAAGAAAGUGAAGGUAAAACAUUGAGUAAGAAUUUGUUUGCCAAUGCGAAUACUAACGUUUUUGCCAAGAAAGAUGAACAACCAAAUAAAAACAUUUUUGCAAACACGCAAAAUUCCAGCUUGUUCAGCAAACCUGCAGAUGUAACUACCAAUAUAUUCGCAAAGACUAUAUCAGAAUAUAAGUCAAGUGAUCCAUCAAAUGUAUUUCGCUCAUUUGCAAAUCCAACUACUGAUGUAAAUAUCUUUUCUAAAGGAAUUGAUAAACCUGCCUCAGUUUCAAAUGGUGAAACUGGUACAUUAUCUCCUGGAACUUUAUUUAAACAGGCAAAUGAUCCAUUCAGUACACAAAAUAAGAAAUUUUCUGUUUUUCAAAGUAAAAACCAAACAGUAGCCGAAAAUAUAUUUAAUACAGUAAAGCCAACUCAGGCAGAAGACGUUUACGAGUUUCAUGAUAAUGAUUCGAACAGCCAAAACGCAGACCAAAUGCAACAACAAAUGGUGGAAAAACAAAUACAAGAAGAAGUGCGAAAGGAGCAAGAAAGAAUACGAAUUGAGGAAGAAAGACGGAAAGAGUUAAAAAUAAAGCAAGAAGAAUUAAGACGAGAGGAGGAGAAACGUAAGCAAGAAGAAGCAAGGCGUAAACAAGAAGAGCUUAAAAAAAUUGAAGAAAUGCGGAAAAAAGAGGAACAAAAGAAACAGGAGGAACUUAGAAAAAAACUAGAAGAAGAACGUCAAACAGAAUUAAAAAGAAAAGCUUUAGAACAAGAAAGAGCUUUUAAGGAAAAAGUGGAGAAAGAGUCUCAUGAAGUUCAUGAGGAGCUUAUAAAAGAAGUAAAUACGGAAACUGUUGAAGGCCUUCUAAAAGAGGAGUUGGAAAAAUUAAAAAAUCUUGUUGCUGAUGCAAAGAAGAUUACUGAUGAAAUAUUUUCUGAAUUGUUGGAAGAAACAUGUAAUGCUGAACUUAAAGCUGAAAUUUUCUGGACUAAGAAAGUUAUGAAGAAAUGGUUUCAUGUUUGGAGAAAGCAAAUAAUUCGUAAUUUUAAAAGACGACGUCUCCUUGAAGAUACACCAGUUUGGUUAACUGAUAAAACACCAUUGGAAGAAGCCAAAUCUCUAAGAAGGCUUUCUGAGAAGGUGGCUUUAGCUCAAAUGAAUGCUUUCCACAGAGGUUAUAAAUUUAAUGGGGAAUUAAAGGAAAUACCACAACCACAGCCCUACAAUAUUGUCGAUAUAAUAAGAUCCCCACUUCUAAAACGUAUGAAAUAUAUUAAUUAUCCCUACGAUAAAUGCUUUUUCUGGAAAACCACAAUCGUGUCGCCUGGUGCAUCUAAAUGGUUCUGUAAGAAAAUAGAAAUACAAAAGUGGUUAAUUGAUGCAUUUAAACUGAAGAGUAGUGAAACGAUGGAAAAUUAUAAACAUGCGGAAAAACAGACAUGGAAUAAUUUAAUGGACUUUGCUACAUCUGUAACUUUAAUAAAUCAAGAAAACCCUCUCAAUACUGGUGAUGCUCUUGAAGGCACCAAUGGAAUAAUAUUUUACAUGUGUAAUGAUAUUUAUGAUAUAAAGAGCAUAGAAAAUAUAUUAAAUCAAAAAUACCCCUACCACACGGUCCCUAUAGCUAUAAUAACAACACAAAUAAACAACACAAUAUUUCAAAAUGAUCUUCAAAUGAAGUUAUCCACAUAUGUAAAGACUAAUAUUAUAUCGGAUUUUAGAAUAUAUGUAGUUGAUUCGACAAAUGUAGCAAAUUCUCUAGACAUUUAUACAAAAAGUGCAUUGAAGUGGUUAGCUAAAAGAUGUCCAAAACCACCACCUCUCGAAAUUGAUUCCUUGAAAUCUAUUUGUCAAAGAUGUCUUGGAAAUGAAAUCUGGCAUAGAUUAAAGACAGAUAAUGAUACAAGGACACAAGAUGUAAUGAAGGACAUUCAAAAGCUAGUACAAUAUUAUAAUAUUGCUGUUGAUAAAUUGACGAAUGUCAUUACAGAUGAGGAUCUUUUCAACUAUCCAUCAUUCCCAGUGGUAUUUAAGGGUUAUUUAGAUAGCACAUCACCUUAUCCUAAGCCAUAUGAAUUUAUUCCUAGCAAUGUAAAACAUGCUGAUAAUGUAAAUGCUGUUAAAAAUAUUAUGAAUAACUUAAAACUGAGUGUUCCGAACACGACACCGUCUCCAAAGAGCGUUCUUAACAUGAAGGAUCAAGUUCGUCAGUAUUGUAAUCAGAUAGGUUGGUUUGAGAAACCAGAGACAGUGACUUGUAAAGUUGUGUCGCUUUUGCCACAAGAGUUCAUUGAUAAUAAUAUACCAUGUGAUCAAUUAAUAGACUUUUUUGAACAAUAUAAUGUAGUUGAUAUUGUCAAUAUAAUUGUAUAUGAUAAAAUGAACAUUCUUAAAAAUUUUGAAAAUCAGUAUGUCAUGUAUGAUAAAACAGUAAUGGAUGAAUACCAUAAUGUAAACUGGUUAUAUGAUAUUGAUCUAAUAACUUCCCUCAAACAUAAGACUGUUGAAUAUGAAGAUAAUUUGGAUUAUUUUAUACAAGCGAAACGUCGUAAAUUGAAUGAACCUAAAGAACUUCUGCAAUUGGAAGAUAAGGACUAUAGUAUGGUUGAAGAAUCUAUACAAGCCGCAGAGAAUAGUAUAUUAGAAUGCACCAAGCGUAAAAAUGUUGUGAUAGAACUUGAAAAAGAGCUUGAUGAAAGAAAAAAGAAAUCUGAAGAGUUGGAAAAUUUGCUCAGAGCAGCCCUUAAUAAUGUUUAGUCAUAAUAAUAAUUAUGAUCCUAAUCUUUUUGAUGUAUUGUUAGAUAUUAUUGUAAUGCAUGGCAAAUAAUUGAAUAAAUGGAUUUUUUUUAUA